GGAUAAAGCGGAGUGUUGUAUUUUCGUUGCUCUUUCUUAGCGUUGACACUCUCCUUCUCCUUCACUGCUGCGCCGCCGCUUCAUCCUCAAACCCUCCUCAUUACGACGUCGUUUUCAUCUCUCUUCAUAGCCAAGUUUGUUGCGCUGUUUUGCUGUUAAAAUAGUAUCCUGGCAAUUCGGAGGGAACAUUCUUAGCUGUCGUUUGAGGUGUUUGCUGCCAUGGCUGGUAAAGAUUCAGAUAAGGGUAAAAAGAAAGAAGGCAAGAAAGAGGUAGUUCAUGGGAAAAAGAAAGAAGUCAAGAAAGAGACAGGCCUUGGUCUCUCUUACAAGAAAGAUGAGAACUUUGGGGAAUGGUAUUCUGAGGUGGUUGUUAGUGGUGAAAUGAUUGAGUACUAUGACAUUUCUGGUUGUUAUAUCUUACGGCCAUGGGCAAUGUCCAUUUGGGAAAUAUUGCAAACAUUUUUUGAUGCUGAAAUUAAGAAGAUGAAGAUAAAGAACUCCUACUUCCCUCUUUUUGUGUCCCCUGCUGUUCUACAAAAGGAAAAGGACCACAUAGAGGGAUUUGCUCCUGAGGUUGCUUGGGUUACAAAAUCUGGAGAGUCUGAUCUGGAGGUGCCCAUUGCGAUUCGACCAACAAGUGAAACUGUGAUGUAUCCUUAUUUCUCAAAGUGGAUAAGGGGACAUCGUGACUUACCCUUGAGACUUAACCAGUGGUGCAAUGUUGUGCGAUGGGAGUUUAGCAACCCCACCCCCUUCAUCAGGAGCCGCGAAUUUCUCUGGCAAGAAGGUCACACUGCUUUUGCAACUAAGGAGGAGGCAGAUGAAGAGGUUCUGGAUAUCUUGGAGUUGUAUAGACGUAUAUAUGAAGAAUUCUUAGCUGUUCCAGUAAGUAAGGGAAAGAAAAGUGAGCUUGAGAAGUUUGCUGGAGGACUCUACACGACUACAGUAGAGGCCUUUAUCCCUAAUACUGGCCGUGGUAUCCAAGGUGCAACUUCACACUGUUUAGGCCAGAAUUUUGCAAAGAUGUUUGAGAUAAAUUUUGAAAACGAGAAGGGAGAGAAGGCUAUGGUCUGGCAGAAUUCCUGGGCCUAUACUACCAGAACGAUUGGUGUGAUGAUCAUGACUCAUGGAGAUGAUAAAGGCCUGGUCUUGCCUCCUAAAGUUGCAACAACACAAGUAGUUGUUAUUCCUGUGCCAUACAAGGAUGCUAAUACUCAAGGAAUCUAUGAUGCAUGUGCUGCCACUGUUAAAAACUUGAAUGAUUCAGGUAUUCGUGCUGAGGCAGACUUCAGAGACAACUACUCCCCUGGCUGGAAAUAUUCUCACUGGGAAAUGAAGGGGGUUCCUCUUAGGAUUGAAAUAGGACCAAAAGAUCUUGCUAAUAAUCAGGUACGAGCUGUUCGACGUGACAAUGGAGCCAAAACUGAUAUUCCUGUGGCAAACUUAGUCGAACAAGUAAAAGAUGUGCUCGAUUCUAUCCAACAAAAUCUAUUUGAAACAGCGAAACAAAAACGGGAAGCUUGUGUUCAGGUUGUAAAGACCUGGGAUGAAUUUGCAGAAGCAUUGAGCCAAAAGAAAUUGAUCUUGGCUCCUUGGUGUGAUGAAGAGGAUGUUGAGAAAGAAGUAAAGACGCGCACAAAGGGUGAGAUGGGUGCAGCGAAGACUCUUUGUUCUCCAUUUGAUCAGCCUGAGCUGCCUGAAGGAACAUUAUGCUUUGCCUCGGGUAAACCCGCUAAGAAAUGGACAUACUGGGGCCGCAGCUAUUGAUGAUUCAUUUUGAUCUCUUAUAUUUUUCUGCAUUUUGGUGAUUUAGAAAUUGAAUUCCAGAACUUUCAAUUGUAACAUGAGUUAUUUAACGACUGAUUCUUGUUCAAGAUCCCCGAAAUUUUUGAUAAACUAUCUAUACAGAAUGUUUUGUGCUGGA